AUGGCGUGGCCAUCACAUCUUGUCGCCCCAGACCUGUUGCUGCUUCAAUGUGGUGCACUGGACGGUAUCGAUGAGAUCACUCGCAAUAAGCUACUUAUCGAACCAGUCGCAGCGAACAAGGACGAGAAUACGCGACCAAAUAUCCCAUUCGAGGCUUGCGUACUGAUCGCUCUGGUCAGCCUCGGAGGCACCGCACCAAUGGAGAAACUGCUGAUGAGGAUCACGCUCCUGUUCCCAUUUUGGGGUAACGCCGCUAUAACGGGUCCGCUCUAUCCGCGAAUGGGGUUUGUCAAUCCUACUGCCCACGGCUUGAAGGCUGCCCUCUUCUACUACGACCCUCCGUUCAAUGUCGCCACUGAAGACUGGGAGUCUUCCGCGAUAUGUUCAGUGACUUCUGCAGAUGCCGCCUUCUGCGCUCUGCGGAUGCUGCUGGGUCGCGCAGUCAACUUGCUUGGCGCUCCUUCUACAAAUGCCCCCAGAGCCAUGAUUACUGCAGUGCCAUCCACUCAGCCGGCCGUGUCGGCUCAGAACUCUACGUCUGCCGUCACUACAUCCCGCGCUAUCCCGCCAAAGGUCUUCAUGAAGCUUCCACCCGAGCUGAGGAACCGCAUCUACGAGCUCGUCCUUGUCUACCCAGUAUCAGGCAUCAACAUCAUGAACGAGAACAGAAAUCACCAUCCUGGCAGCAGCAUCAAGUACAUACACACCAGGACCCGCGAUAAAGAUGCGCACGUACCGUCCUACCCAUGGAUCCUGCAAAUGAAUCAAUACCUCAACAACCGACAGCAACCAGAACAAGUCCCAGGGCUACGAUCCUACCCUUUCGGAACCGCGGUAGCCAUUCUCCGGGUCAGUCCAGAGAUCCGCGUUGAGGCUUCUGGUAUCUUCUAUGGUUGCAAUCGAUUCCAUUUCGACAACCUCAAGGAGCUAUCCACAUUCCUCUCUACCAUCAAGAACGAUGCCGGGCAUAUUCGCAAGGUGGACUUCACAUACGAAACUCAACAGCGAACGCACGCUCUCAAAGCCAUUCGCGAGCUUGGCAAACUCGAGCUGCUUGAGCACUUGUCCAUGAAACUCCGAGAGACAACUUUCCAGAGAUACAAGGGCUGGGAGAAGGUCGACGAUUUCAAGGGUCUGCCGCAACUUCGCAAGCACCUGGAGAGGACCUUCACGAACCUCAAGGCUUUCCAUCUUGAAAGCAUCUGCGAAGGAGUCCUCCAGUACCUCAAGCCGGCUUUAGCAGCGCGUAAGAAUUACCAGGAGCUGUAA